GUUGAAACAAACCCGCGCGCUGCUGCAAUGAUGGCUAGGAUGUGACGUUUAACAGAAUACUGUUGUUGUGUAGUUUGUUUUGGUUUUCACCGGAGAGACAGAUGACCAUGGAGUUGUCGUCGCUCUUUAAGAAGAUCGGUCACUCCUUAGUGGAAAUCAGAGUUCGGGCACUUAAAAAUAUAAGAAGCAAACUGGAUCAUGGUCUCAUCUCCACUCCUGAUCUGGUCCAGGAAAGGAUGCUAUUUGUUUACCUUCUGGAAUGGUUUAAUUUUCCUGAGGUUCCAAUGCAAGAGGAGGUUCUAGAGUUGAUCAGCACAUUGUCCAGGCACCCAACCGGAGCACAAAUGCUGCAGGAUGUAGGGGCUGUCGAAUUCCUAACACAGCUUUCGCCUAAUGUGGAUCCUCGCCUUCGAACAGUCGUAGACGGCAUCUUCGAUCAGCUCUUCCACCUCCCCGAGGUCCUGCCUAGUUGUCCACCCACCACCUCCUACCAGUCAUACUCUGUUCCCUUGCGGCGGACAGAAGAGGACUCGUCGGCUAGGGGAUAUUUCCAGUGCAGUAAACCCAAGCAGACAGAUGCUCCAACCCCCAGAGUAUCAGUCAGUACGUCUAUUAGAUGCUUGAAGUUCUCUGUUUUUCCAUGGCUGUCUUUGAACACAACAGAUCGACAUAUAUUGUCAUCAAACGAAAGUUCACUUAGAUGCGACAACCACACUUUAGUGCGAACCACCUGUGAGCUUCUCCGUGAUGUCAUCAUGCAAGACUUCCCCGCUGAAAUAUUCCUACAAAGGCCAAGUACAGUGCAAAGUCUCCUGUCACUUCUUGGUCUGAAUGUUGACGGUGAUGUCAGUUACCUGACGUUUCAGGCAUUGGCCUGUCUAGAGCAGCUCUGUAGAAACCUGAGGAGCCGCCUACGUUUCUACAGAGACUCCAGCUUCUGCUCCGCCAAGCAAGACCCCAUCUCUCAGAACUCCUCUAUCUCCUACUCUCAGGAGGUAAGAGGGACCCAGCAGUCAGGGGUCACUACCCCAGAGGAAUGUUCCCCCAGACCCUCUGUGGUGGGUCGACCUGGGCAGAGAGUUCGAGGGGAUGGCCAGGACGGGGAUGCAGCCUCCUCUAGUGGUAGCAGCAGUCAGAGAGGGGUGCCCCCCAGGCCAACCCAGCGGUCUCCUCUCCCGCAGCCCCACCUGGAGCUCCCUCCAGAGAUGGAGGCAGAAGAGUCACUAGAGCUACAGCUGCAGCAGUGGAGCCUGGCUAGAUUUAGUGUGGCGGCUGUAGAGCACACACUGCUUCUCAUCAGGACAGACAGCCUGAAGGUUUUCCAACGGGCGCUGGAGCUGCUGGCAGAGGCGCAGAGGCUGCUGGGAGACAGCGUUGCCCCUGAGGUGUGGGACGAGCACAGCCUCGCUGCGACAGAGCUGAGGGAGAAAUUACAGGCAUGUAUAGAGACACUGGGAGAUGUUGUCUGCUACCAUCAUGGUAUGACAUCCUCUGAACAACCAGAUUCGUCUCUGAUCCACCAUAGAAUGGCCUUCGUGGGCACUGGCAUUUUCACCAUCCGUCUCCUGCAAACCUUGUUACCUGUGGAGAAGGCUGGAGAUAACCUUCCAGAGAGUACAGUGGCUGCCAUAUUUCUCUUGUGUCUUAAUACAUCCUUCAGUGUGGCGUACCCUAGUAUCCAUGAAUCAGCAGUGGCUUACUUGGAGCAGGCUUGUUCUGAAAGAUACAGCCUGUAUCGUAGAGUAUCUCGUGUUUCUAACUGCAUGGAGGCUACAUGCACCUUUCUAAAGGAUGCUCUGGCUGAGGGUGAUAAAAAUUGGCAUGAACUCUUGGAGCUUGCUGACCAAGCAAUAGAUGCUUUUCCGUACCAUCAGCACCUGCCGGUGGUGAAAGAAUGCAUCCAGAUUUGCUCCUACCUGUGGAAAUUUGCACAAGCAAGCCCGCUCCUGCAGUCGUCGAGUCAGAAGAUAUUUCUGAAGCUUUUGUCUCAUCCUCUGUCCCCGGUGAAGGCGGAAACCUACUCUUGCACACUGAGCAUUUUGAAGGAGUCUUUGGGAGUUCAGAACGUGGCCAGACCCACCUCAUCCAUCUGCAGCAGCGUGCAUUUCUUGCUUCACUCUCGUGUCCUGUAUGAGAUCAGUGUGUUUGGCCUUCAAGACCAAGCAAGAGAGGUGAGCUCCACUGCCAAGGAUAUUCUCCUCUAUCUGCUGAAGGGGGGAUUGAUGAUGACAGCCACAAGUUGGAGCAGAUUUAAUGAGGCACUUUACCCGGUCAUUCCCAUAUUACAGAGUUAUGCAGGCACAGAGGAUGCCCUGGGAAAUUGCAUCCUGCUGAUAAGUGACACAUCUGCCAAAAAGGGAGAUGAGGUGCGUUCACCAACAGCCAGACUACGGGCCGCCCUCCGGCUUCUGUUCACCAAGCACCACACUGUGAGGAAUACAGCAGUCCAGCAACUUCUACCACACUUGACCAGCGCUGAGGGUGUCAGUACCUCCAGACCAGCCCUGGACAGCUCCACACUGUCAUCUUUAUCAUCUCUUUACGUUCUCAACAAAUGUGUGGACAUUAAGUUAAAUAACUCAGACAAGUCAUAUGUAAAGGUGGAGUCUGUAAAUAAGCUGUACAAUAUUCUCACAUCGGAAACGGUGGAUAUAGUUUUGCGAAGAUCUUCAGCUGAACAGUUGGCUGUCGUUCUGCAGGAUCCAUCAAUGCACUCUGUGCUGAAGGCCUUGGGUCUACCAGACACGCUCAUAUCUUUCAUCACGGAGAGUGUCAACAACAAUGUGGUGGGCAUGGAUUGCUUGUUGGAGCCAAGUGUUUGCAUGCUGAGGAAACUGGUGUUUGCCGACCCCUCCCUGCGUCACAGUCUGGCCCUGCAGACGUCUCUUCUCAUCACGCUGCUAAAAGCAUCUCUCUUAAUAAAGGAGAACAAGGGUGAUGUGAGCGAGGCUGCUGCAUUGAUGUGCAUGCUACUGUUUGAUGAAAUAGCACGCAUGGAUGUUUGGACUGACAAAGCUAGCUCAGAUACAGGCUUGUCUCCUUUCUCACUGCCUGCCUCUGUUAUACGAAGGUAUAAUCUGCCAUUUCAAGCUCCUGCACACCACACAGUGAGCCCAUACUGUUCAGUUCUCCCUCCAUACUCGGAUCUGCUAAAUCUGAAGCCUGCCUGGGAAGCACUGCAGAUCACGUGGAACAGAGCAUGGUAUUCUGGGACAGAUGGACUGUUAGAGCAUCUAAGGGGCUUUAGGAGUGAUGUACCAGAGUUUCAUAGUGAUCUGGUGCUGUCCGAAACUCAGGCUGUGGUGUUACGGUUAAGCAACAUCAGAUCUGGUUUACAGGACUGCAUUCAUGCAGUCCGUGACGCGAGCUCCCACAGCGCUGUGACCUUUGCUGUGACUAGAAUGCACCUGUACCUCCUCGUUGACAGACUGGCCCUCAAACCCACCGCUCAGAGCAGCAAAAGCAUCCUGCAAACCCUUAGCUGGCACUCUGCUGUUGAAAGAUUCCUCUUGGUGCGUCCAGCUUGCCGUGAAGACGAGAGGCUUUUGGUGGACAUUGUGUCAUUCCUCAACACCUUCUUCAAGCAAAAUCAAUCUGAAUCAGACCACCAGGACCUGAAAUGGUUCUUAGAACUGCUUCUAAACAAGGAAUCACACACGCUGCUGAACUUGUUGCUGAGUGGUGAGUCACAAACAUACACAAAGAUCAAAUCGCAGGAGGUGGCCGAAGAGCUCCAAGCCCACCUCAGUCACCGAAUUCAAAGAGAACUGACAGGCCUCUUCAACACUUUGCUUCUACGACUGACACACACUUCUGACAGGAUGAGUGAGUUGUUAUCCGGCCCGUUUGCCUCUGAGCUGUCUCUACGCCUGCUGCAGGGUCUGCGUUUGUCCGAUGCCCCUCGCUUCUAUGGCCUGCCUUCUCUGGAGCGCACACUCAGGACCAUGGCACAUGUGACUGCCCUACCAGGCUGGAGCACACAAACGCCCAGCAUAGAGCCACAGACACUUUGCCUCAAGUACCUCAGUGGCCUCCUGGAGGUCAUCUCCUCGUUUUAUGUAGAUUUGGGAGGAAACUCAAUGUCUUUCAUGGGCAAAGGAGUGACGAAGAAUGCAGUUAUCUGCCUGCUUCACCUGUCACAUGAGAUGAUAAAGGACAGUAAAAAUGAGGACUGGAUAUCUUUGUGGUCUCUGGGCCGUGAGCAAAGUUCUGAUGAGCAGAGUGCCGCCCAGCUUGGAUUGGCCUGGUUAAUUCCCCUGUGGGUGGACCGUGACCCUGAGGUACGCUGUGCCAGCCUGGCUGUGGGUGCAGCUCUUAGUUCGCUGGAGAGAGGAUGUGUGGCGUUGUCAGAGAGUUGCCAGAACAUUUCGGGCGGCCUGUGGGCCACGGUACUCAACAUCCUGCUGGAGAAACGGGAGUGCAGUAUGGUGCGCAGGGAGGCAGCGUUUAUAUUGCAAAACCUACUUGUGAUGCCAAUGCCUGCAAAUGCAGAAGAGGCCAAAGAGGGUGCCUGGCAGAGUCCCUGUGUCCAUGACGAGGAUUCAGGCUUGUGUCUGGUUGGGCUUCCUGCCCUGCAGGCUCUGUUGUACCACUGCCAGUUUUUUGAGAGCAUUGCCCAGAUGGUGAAGUGCUGUUACACGGGCAGACAAGCCUUCACUCUCAGCCCCCUUCCACCACUAGCCAAUGUCACCCAGGACACAGAUCUGAAUGAUUCUUUGAAGCACUGGAGAGGGAUGCUCGCUCCUCUAAACCAAAGUCAGGGCUCAGGAUCCAUAUCCACCUCCAGCACUCUGAUAACGUCAGGUAGCUCUAGUGGGACUCAUUCUCCAUUUCCGACCUCUUCUGCAAUCCUGGACAUUCCAGUCAACAGACUCACUGCUCAGGGUCAGAGUGACACAGACAGCUCAGACUCCGCCCUCUCUCAAGAGUCCCACCUAGUGGGGAGGGCUGAGCCUGUUGCCACAGCAACCCCACACCUGUUGCUAGCUGUUUGCGGCCUACUGGACAACCUGCUGGCUGUGCUUCCUGAGUUUAGUCUAUCGGCUCUUAAACAGAACCAAAUAUUGGAGAGCAUGGUCAGUGUGGUGGAUGCAGCAGUCAUAGUUCAGUGUGUGAAUGAGUUGAGGACACCUUUUCUCUCAGCUGCUAUGGAAGAUGCUAGACACCAGGUGCUGACUAGUGUGUAUUAUGUGCAGAGUUUGUGCAAGCUCUUGCAAUCAGCUGCAAUGCACAGUGAGGAUCUACCAUUCCAGCGAGAGCUCUUCAAACCCCUGCUGAAUAACCUCAUUUCCAUCCUCACGCUGCCUGUCAAUGACUUGGAUGUGCAGGCCCAGGGUGCAGUGCUUCACACCUGGGCGGACGUGUUGAUGCUCCUGGCUACUCUGUUGCACAGGAAUCAAGCUGCGGUCGGCCCAUCUGUCGCUGUGGCACUGGGGAAGCACUGGCAGCGUUUUUCAGACACUGUCCAAGUAUGUUUGGAGCACUGGGGUGCAGAAUCUCCAAUCUACACCUCAGCCAUGCAGUUUCUGUGUGUGCUUUUCACGGAGGAGUCCAAGAGAAGAUCAGGAGGCCACACAGAGGAUCAGCCCAGCUCGAGGUCCUCUUUAACUGCAGUCUUGUCCUCUGAGCCAGGAGAGGUCAUGUGUGAACUACUGCUAGAGCGAUAUGAGAAGAUUCCAUUCCCAGACCCUCUGAAAAAGGUGACGGCCAAAGCGCUAAUGUCUCUUUUAGCCUGCAGCCCCAGUGCUCAGAGUUAUGCAUGUAAAGCUGGUGUGAUUGACAGCUGUCUGGAACGCAUGAAGAACAUUUACGCAGAGCUUCACCUGGGGUCUGUGAAAGCAAGCAAGCGUGCUCACAGGAGGAAGCAGGUGGAGAACAGCAUGAGAGAGCUUAAGAUGAUUCUAGAGAUACUGCGAAAUUGCCUCUAUCAACAUAAUGAAUGUAAAGUUGUGGCCACAGAGCUGCGUCUGGUGGUGGUACUGAUGGCCUUGUGGCCCUGGAUCUUGCUGGAUGACCCCAGCAUGACGGCUGCCCUGGAACUGCUGUGUGUUUACACAGCCAACUGCACAGCGGCAUGCAGUGCUUUAUGUAGUAACAGCAGCAGUGGUGGCUCAGCUGAGUCUGUUCUUCCUAAGACUACGAUCACAAAUUCACUGAUGCAUGGGGUGAUGAAGCUGGCCUCACAGGUUGCCCCUGACAACAGCAGCAUCCAGAGUCUGGCUUUCUCAUUGUUGGCCAACUUGGCCAUCUCAAGAGACUGCAAAGGUGUACUGCAGAAGAGUAAUUUCCUGCAGCACUUCCUGUCUCUCCCCAUGCGUAAGGCAAGUGGUCGGAGUGGUGGGCCGGCGGUGGAGCUGCUGUCACUCUGGCUCAGGCUGCUGCUGAAUGUGUCCUUCGGGGAGGAUGGACAGCAGAUGAUCCUCAGGCUGAGAGGAGCAUUGGAGCUGCUGGUGGAACUGGCCCAGUCCAAACACUCCAGCUGCAAACCCACCAUCCUGCUUAUUCUCCACAACAUCUGCUUCUGCUCCUCUAACAAGCCCAAAGUCCUGGCCAACGAUAAAGCCGUUGAGCUGCUGGUCUCUUGUUUGAGCAGUAGUUCAUCAGAUGUACGUACCAUAGGAGCUUCUGCCCUCUGGGCUCUGUUGCACAACAAUCAAAAGGCAAAGGCUACUUUGAAGUGUCCUUCCAUCAGACUGAAACUUGAAGAGGCAUUCGUGUCCGCCAGGAAAGAUGCAGAACAAAGCAGUGACAAACCCUUGAAUGCCUAUCUUCUCAAGUGCCUGAGAUAUCUCACACAGAUCUUCAGCUCCUAAGUGCCUCACUGCUGAUGAAGAUCAUGGUUGUCAAACAAGAAUUGUUCGACUGGUUGAGGUGAUUGCGGAUUCUUGCAGCUGAAACAUAAAGUGCCUGUGGUCCCCGUCAAUGCUGUAUUCAUUCUGUCUCAGAGGAGCAAGAU